AUGGGCAACGACGCAGAACGCAUUCUCACGUCGUUUGGUCUGGAUGCACGACAGCGGCAAGAAUACGACACUGUUCUGGAAAAAUUUGAUGAGUACUUUGUGCCAAAACGCAAUAUCAUCCAUGAGCGUGCACGAUUUCACGCCAGAAAUCAGAAACCGGACGAAAGUAUCGAAGAAUACAUUAGAGAUUUAUACGAGCUCGCUGCAAAGGCAGACGUAAGAGACAAAGAUGAAGCUAUCAGAGAUCGCCUCGUGUUAGGGAUCCUCGACAGAGACUUGUCCGAAAGAUUACAAUUAAAGGCAGAUCUAACACUGCAAGACGCCAUCUUGCAGGCAAGGCAAUAUGAGCAAGUGAAAGCACAGCUUUCUGACCAGCGUCGCACAAAUGUGGACGCAGUGCAAUUCAAGAAAAGUGCCUCUGGUGCUGCUCAGCAACUACAUAGUCAGUGCAAAGGUGCAACUGGCAGUUCGCGCGGCUUCAGUGGUCGUCGUCGUGGUAGAGCAGAAAAGAUGUUCAGAACAAAGUUAGUGCAGGCUCUUGAAGAAAAACGAGUAAAGGAACAUUUUGUAGGGACUUUGUGCAGUGACAGUAGAGAACCACCGUGGACAACUGUAUUACAGUUUGGCGGUUGUGAUGUCAAGUUCAAAAUUGACACAGGGGCAGAUGUUUCUGUCAUUUCAUCUACACAGUACAAAAAGUUGUCACCAUGUCCCAAGCUAUUGAAGACCAAUGUAGUGUUAAAGAGUGUAGGAGGAGUCCUGAAGUGUGAUGGACAGUUCAUUACUACAACAAGAAUUCAUGACCAGCUUCAUGUACUGAAAGUGUUUGUUGUGCAAGCAAUCACUGAAAAUCUGCUUAGUAGAGAAGCACCUUCCAGAAUAGGUUUAGUGAAGAGGAUAGAGGCUGUCAAUGCCUUAUUUGGGAAACUUGACAAGACGCCUGUGCAGUGUCCUCCAGUCAAAAUCAUCUUGAAAGAAAACAUUGAGCCAUACAGUGUUCAUGCAGCAAGGAGAAUACCAAUACCAUUGCUGGACAAGGUCAAGGAAGAAUUAAAAAGAAUGCAGGAAACAGGGAUUAUAGAGGAAAUAACAGAGCCAACAGAUUGGUGCUCUCCCAUUGUGCCAGUAAUGAAGAAAUCAGGUAGCAUACGUAUUUGUGUUGAUUAUAAGAAGCUCAAUACCGCAGUGAAGCGGGAGAGGUAUACCUUGCCAACACUGGAAGAUAUUUUACAUAAGCUUUCUGAAUCAGCAGUUUACAGCAAGCUGGAUGCAACAUCAGGUUUCUAUCAGAUUCCCCUUGAUCCAGAUUCUGCAAAACUUACUACAUUCAUCACUCCAUGUGGGAGAUAUUUCUUCAAGAGAUUACCAUUUGGUAUUUCAUCAGCUCCAGAGAUUUUUCAGAGGACCAUGGAGACUAUCCUAAAGGAUGUACCCAACAUAAUUUGCUAUUUUGAUGAUAUCCUUGUUUAUAGUGAGAAUGAACAAGCUCACGAGAAACAUCUUGAGAGAGUCAUGAAGACACUUGCCAGUGCUAACCUGAAACUCAACUAUGAGAAAUGUGAGCUCAGGAAGCAUGAGAUUGAAUUUUUGGGUCAUAGAAUCAGCAAGAAUGGAAUUUCACCAGACCCAGGAAAGGUUGAAGCAAUAAUCGCCAUGCCAGAUCCAACUAAUGUACUCGAGUUGAGGAGGAUGCUGGGCAUGUACAACUUCUUAGGGCGGUAUUUGCCAAGUCUGUCUACAGUACUUCAGCCGUUGACGCAACUGCUGGGGAAGGAUCGAGAGUGGAGUUGGGGCUCAAUGCAAGUCAAAGCAAUGGCAGAUGUGAAGAAACUGCUUACUUCAGCACCAACGCUAGCAUUCUACGAUCCGGCAAAGCUUACAAUUGUCAGCUCAGAUGCCAGUAGUUAUGGCAUUGGUGGCGUGUUGCUACAGCAGCAUCCUGAAGGUAUCAAAGCUGUGGCAUAUUGUUCAAGAACAUUGACUGCUAGUGAAUGCAGAUAUGCACAGAUAGAGAAAGAAACACUGGCAGCAGUCUGGGCUUGUGAAAAGUUCAGCAGAUACCUGAUUGGUCUUGACAAUGUUCGAUUAGAGACUGAUCACAAACCUAUUGUGCCACUAAUCAACAAUCGUGACUUGCAAGAUACUCCUAUCAGAUGCCAACGCAUGUUGAUGCGCCUCAUGAGAUUCAGUAUCACCGUAGAGUAUGUGCCAGGGAAGAAGCUUGUCAUCGCAGAUGCUCUAUCCCGAAGUCCUCAGUUAACCACUGCUGAAUCUGAAGUUAUAACACUUUCAGAAGAUGUUGAGGCAUAUUUGAGUAGUGUAGACAUUUCGUGGUCAUGUGCAGCUUCAGACAAGCGUCUGAAAGAGAUUGCAGAAGAGACAAGAAAAGACAGACUGAUUCAAGCAGCAAUUCGCUACAGUAAUGAAGGCUGGCCAAAAUACAUUACAGAUGUAGAAGAUAAUCUUCGGGACUAUUAUGCAGUGCGCAUGGAACUUAGUGUGCACCAUGGUCUCCUUACCAGAGGAACACGCAUUGUUGUGCCAGCACCACUUCAUGAUGAUAUCCUGAAGAGGAUACAUGAAGGUCAUCAAGGAAUCACUAAGUGCAGAGAUAGAGCAAAGGCAGCAGUUUGGUGGCCAGGUAUUAAUGGCAGGAUUAAAAGAAUUGUUGAAGAAUGCAGACAUUGCCAGGAGAAGAAACCGACACAGAGCAAGGAACCUUUGAUACCGACAGAAUUACCACAGCGUGUAUUCCAGAAGUGUGCAGCAGAUUUGCUGGAAUUCAAAGGACAAUCAUACCUUGUGUUUGUAGAUUAUUAUUCGCGCUUUAUUGAUCUUGCGCACAUCAAGAUUAGUACAUCAGCAGAAGUUAUCAAACUUCUGAAGAGCAUGUUUGCACGCCAAGGAAUCCCAGAGAUUCUUGUUACAGACAAUGGAAGGCAAUUCACAUCUAGGGAGUUCCAGGAAUUUGCAGUAAAGUGGGGAUUUCAACAUGUUACAACAAGUCCACACUACCCACAAGCUAAUGGAGAGGCUGAAAGAGCAGUUCAAAUUGCCAAAAAGAUUCUGCAGCAAGAUGAACCUGAAUUAGCUCUAUUGAUAUACAGAGACACUACUAUUUCUGCUACAGGAUAUAGUCCAGCAGAAUUAGCCUGUGGAAGAAAACUGAGAACCACAUUACCUACAUUGCCUGAGAACCUUGAGUCAAAGACAUUUGAUAAAACAGCUGUAACAGCGAGCGAUGCAAAAGCAAAGCAGUCUUACAAGAACUGUUUUGACAAGCGUCAUGGAGCGCGACCGCUUGACGAACUGCUUCCAGGCGACACAGUAUUGCAGAAGCUAGAUGGUGAGAAGCAAUGGGGAAGACCAGCAGUCAUUCUGCAGCAGUGUGCUCCAAGGUCGUACAUUGUACAAACUCCAAGAGGUAGUUUUCGACGCAACAGACGUCAUCUCAGAAGGUCAAGAAACUUCGAGCCGGAGCAGUCCAGUUCCAGACCCAGUCCUGUCCAAAAUGACUUUUCCCUGUAUACUUCCCAAGUCCCAGUGACAGGUGAACCAGAGACAGCGCUUCAUGUCAGCGAUCCGAUUCAGUGUCCAGAAUCGUCGUCUAGUAAAGGUGGUCCUGCUACAGAAGCCAGACAUAGUGCUACUCCAGUUCCAGGAGAUUCCCAUCCCAGUAGCAGCUCUACACCUAGAAUGACUCGUAGCGGCAGAAUAAUCACCCUGCCCGCACGUUAUAAAGACUGA